UUCAUCAUCUUCUCUCCCCCUCCCCCCCAAGAACCCUUUCAUUUGCAGGAAAAACUUUAAGCCCUUUUCUUCUGUUCGGACCCCUUCUCUCACCUGCAGUCUCAUUAGUUUCUUCUAUAUCCAUCAAUAGUUUUGUUUGUUUGUUUGUGAUUCUCUGCAGCAGCAGUAGUGUUGAUCAAAGAUGCAUAAUACACGACAAAAACCACAAGAAAUAGUCUACACGAAGCAGCCUUACAUCGAGAAUGUAGGCCCACGCAGAAUCAAAAGUAUGCAAUUCUGCAUGAUGUCUGGAGCGGAGAUUGUAAAAGCUGCAGAGUGUCAAGUUCAUUUGGGUGUAUACUAUGACUCGAGUAGAAAGCCUGUUCAAGGUGGUUUAUUGGAUACCCACAUGGGUCCUGCCAAUAAAAAUAGUACGUGCCAAACUUGUGGUGCUGGGUUUCAUGAGUGUCCUGGGCACUUUGGAUACUUGAAUCUUGUCUUGCCUGUUUUCAAUGUUGGAUAUAUGAGCAAUAUUUUGGACAUUUUGAAGUGCAUCUGUAAGUCUUGCUCUCAUUUACUUAUGGGAGAUAAAUUAUAUAAAGAACAAUUGAGAAAGAUGAGAAAUCCCAAGAUAGAUCCUCUGAGAAAGAGUGAUCACGUGAAAAUGAUUGUAAAGAAGUGUAGUACCAUGGUGAGCAAUAAAGCUGUGAAGUGCAUGAGAUGUGGAGAUAUGAAUGGUAUGGUCAAGAAGGCUGGGUCUGCUCUAAGCAUUAUUCAUGAUCGUGGAAAAUUAGUUAAUGGCUAUUUGGAUGAAUGUAAAUCUGCAAUUUCACACACAAAAGAGUCUAGGGCACCAAUAAGUCCAGCUACAUAUAUUCUUAAUCCUGCCAGAGUUUUGUCUCUUUUUGAAAGAAUGUCGGAGGAGGAUUGUGAAGUGCUUGGUCUGUGUGACCGACCUGAGAAACUCAUUAUAACAAACAUUGCUGUGCCACCUAUACCAAUCCGCCCUUCUGUUAUCAUGGAUGGAUCUCAAAGUAAUGAAAAUGACAUCACAGAGAGGUUAAAACAAAUUAUUCAGGCAAAUGCUAGCCUUCGUAUGGAAUUACUAGAAGGAAGGAGGAGUAUGAACAAAUAUCUGGAUUCCUGGGAUGGUCUUCAAGCUGCAGUUGCACUCUAUGUAAAUAGUGAUGUUCGUGUUCCAAAUAAUGUGGAAGUUGGGAAGCCACUGAGUGGCUUUGUUCAGCGCCUUAAAGGAAAGCAGGGACGAUUUCGUGGGAAUUUAUCUGGGAAGCGUGUUGAAUACACGGGCAGGACUGUUAUAUCACCAGACCCUAAUCUGAAAAUUACUGAGGUAGCAGUUCCCAUCCAUAUGGCUCGGAUUCUAUCUUAUCCUGAACGUGUUUCCCAACACAAUAUUGAGAAGUUGAGGCAGUGUGUCAGUAAUGGCCCUCAUAAAUACCCUGGUGCAAGGAUGGUCAGAUAUCUUGAUGGUUCUUCAAAUGUGUUGACAGGUAAUUACAGAAAACGCAUUGCGGAGGAACUGAAAGUUGGUUGUAUAGUCGAUCGCCAUUUAGAAGAUGGAGAUAUUGUUCUUUUUAACAGACAACCAAGCUUGCAUCGAAUGUCUAUCAUGUGCCAUAGGGCAAGAGUCAUGCCUUGGAGGACAUUGAGAUUUAAUGAAUCUGUUUGCAAUCCAUAUAAUGCUGAUUUUGAUGGUGAUGAGAUGAAUAUGCAUGUCCCACAAACAGAAGAGGCUCGAACAGAGGCUCUCAUGCUGAUGGGGGUGCAAAACAAUUUGUGCACGCCAAAAAAUGGAGAGAUCUUGGUUGCUUCCACCCAAGAUUUUCUAACAUCAUCUUUUCUCAUUACAAGGAAGGACACAUUUUAUGACCGUGCAGCUUUCUCACUUCUGUGUUCUUAUAUGAAUGAUGGCAUGGAUGUUGUUGAUUUGCCAACACCUGCAAUACUGAAGCCAAUAGAGCUUUGGACUGGUAAACAAUUAUUCAGCGUCCUACUUCGUCCAAAUGCAAAUGUGAGAGUCUUCCUGAAUCUCAUUGUUAAGGAGAAAAUCUACUCCAAACCUAAAAAGGCGGAUAAAAGAGAAAAAGAAACAAUGUGCCCCAAUGAUGGUUUUGUUUAUAUCCGGAAUAGUGAGCUAAUAUCUGGACAACUAGGAAAGGCAACUCUAGGAAAUGGCAACAAGGAUGGACUUUACUCUGUUCUUCUUAGAGACUACAAUGCACAUGCUGCUGCUACUUGCAUGAAUCGGCUAGCUAAAUUGAGUGCUCGAUUUAUAGGAAAUCAUGGCUUCUCAAUAGGGAUUGAUGAUGUCCAACCAGGGAAAAAAUUGAUUGAUGAAAAAGGGAAAACGAUUUCAAAUGGUUAUCAACAGUGUGAUAAACUAAUAGAGGAAUACAAUGAAGGAAAGCUUUCACUUAAACCUGGUUGCGAUGCCAUUCAAACACUGGAAGCUGAAAUUACUGAGAAAUUAAAUAAGCUUCGAGAAGAAGCUGGUGAUGUAUGCAUGAAAGAAUUGCAUUGGAGAAACAGUCCAUUGAUCAUGUCACAGUGUGGAUCGAAAGGAUCCCCUAUCAAUAUCAGCCAGAUGAUUGCAUGUGUUGGUCAGCAAUCAGUUGGAGGUCGUCGUGCACCAGAUGGAUUCAUACACCGAAGCCUUCCUCAUUUCCCUAGAAAAUCCAAAACCCCUGCAGCUAAAGGCUUUGUUGCUAAUUCAUUCUAUAGUGGUUUGACAGCAACUGAGUUUUUCUUCCAUACCAUGGGUGGAAGGGAAGGUCUUGUGGACACUGCGGUCAAAACAGCCGAUACUGGGUACAUGUCUCGUAAACUAAUCAAAGGACUAGAGGACUUGUCUAUCCAAUAUGAUAAUACAGUACGAAAUGCAAGUGGAUGCAUAGUUCAAUUUCUUUAUGGAGAUGAUGGCUUGGAUCCUGCAAGAAUGGAAGGAAAAGGUGGAUUUCCAUUGAAUCUUGAUCGAUUGUUCAUAAAAGUAAAGGCCACCUGUCCUGCUGGAGAAGAGGACUACGUAUCUCCUUCAGAAAUCUCCAAUAUGGUGGAAGAUUUACUAGUAAAGUAUGAUAUGGCUCUUGGUGGCAUUUGUUCUGAAGCCUUCAAAAAAAGUCUGAGUUCCUUCCUUGGAGAUCAUGUGAAGAGAUUGGAAAGCAUGAUGAACCUGGUUGAUGGUGUUGAGGGGCAAAAUUCUGAGAAUAUAGAAGUUGGAGCUGUAAGAGGAAAUACAGAAAAUAUAGAAAAAAUGGCGCAUAAGAUAUUUGGUACUACUGAAAGACAGCUACAGGUUUUUUUGAGAACCUGCAUAGAUCGUUAUCUUUGGAAAAGAGUGGAACCUGGGACUGCAAUUGGUGCAAUUGGUGCUCAAAGUAUAGGAGAGCCUGGAACACAAAUGACAUUGAAGACAUUUCACUUUGCUGGAGUUGCAAGCAUGAAUAUAACACAAGGAGUUCCUCGUAUCAAAGAAAUAAUAAAUGGGGCCAAAAAGAUCAGUACACCAAUCAUUACUGCUGAACUUGAGCAUAAUACUAAUGUGAAUGCUGCUCGAAUUGUUAAAAGUCGCAUCCAAAAAACUACUUUAGGCCAGGUUGCUAAGAGUAUCAAAAUUGUGAUGACUUCAAGAUCAGCAUCUGUAGUGGUCUCACUGGACAUGAAGACAAUUCAAGAGGCACAAUUAUCUCUGGAUGCUAACAUUGUGAAGGAAUCAAUAUUACAAACUCCAAGAAUUAAACUAAAGCCACAGAAUGUCAAGGUUUUGGAUAUUAGAAAGUUGGAAGUAAUUCCUCUGGGUGACAGAGAGAAAGUUCAUUUUGAACUCCAUUCUCUUAAAAAUAUGCUUCCAAGAGUUGUAGUAAAGGGCAUAAGAACUGUUGACCGUGUUGUUAUUGCCCAAAAGAAAAAUGAGGGUAAAGGAAGUGAUCAAGAGCUCCCAACAUACAACAUGUUCGUAGAAGGCACUGGUCUUCAAGAUGUUAUGGGGACUGAAGGAGUGGAUGGACGCAAAACAACAUGUAAUCAUGUAAUGGAAGUUCAUAAAUACCUCGGAAUUGAGGCUUCAAGAAAAUGUAUUAUUGAUGAGAUAAAAAAUGUUAUGGAAGGUCAUGGAAUGAGCAUUGACAUACGCCAUAUGAUGCUUUUAGCAGAUCUAAUGACAUUUAAGGGCGAAGUUCUUGGAAUCAAUAGAUUUGGCAUUCAGAAGAUGGAAAAAAGUGUAUUGAUGUUGGCUUCAUUUGAAAAAACAGCAGAUCACCUUUUCCAUGCUGCUGUAAAUGGUAGGGAUGACGGGAUUGAAGGAGUUAGUGAAUGUAUCAUAAUGGGCAUCCCUAUGCAGCUAGGCACUGGAAUACUCAGAGUACAGCAAAGGGUUGAUCCGCUGCCAAUGCUGAGUUAUGGAGCCGAUCCAAUCAUCCCUUGAGAGUUGGUUUGUCCAAAGCUCAUCAACUGAUGCAUACAGAUGAUUGCAUUACACAUGGUGCAUGUGCAUUAGUUUGCUAUUUGUUAAAGGUUAGAAUAUGUACAUAGAAACCUAAAUUUUAUCGAAUGGUUUAAUAUAUAUAUAUAAUUAUAUAAUUUUGCUGCAGAAAGAAAGAAAAAUGAUCAACCCAACCCCCCAGGAAAAGCUCUAGUUUCUCUCCCAGAGUUAACCGUGUACCGAUGGUGAUAUUGGUUGCACAUGGUUGACUUCCAGUGAGCAAAUUAUGGACGUGUUAUGGCAGAGCCAUAACCUAGCAUAAAAACAGGGAAGAAGAAAAAGAAAGGGAGGAAGAGUUCUGUAUUAUAAUUUUGUAUUAUUUAAUUUAUCAAUAAUUGUUCCUUUACAUGUUUACAUUAUUUAUAACAUUUCUUAUUCAUUCA